AUGGGGUGGGGAGGCCACCGAUCGCGUUCCCCGAAGAACAAAGAUUCAACGCUGCAGUGGAUCUCCAAGAAGCUGGCGGUCUUGGGGAGGUAUUCAGACAAAAGGCCGCACGGUCUCCAUGUGGAUGGCAACGGGACUCUUUCCUUGACGAACCUCAUGGAAUGCUGGGGCAACAGCCAAGGCGUGUCAGAAGAUGAUGUGCUCAAUGCGGUCCGAACGAACAUGACCUGUGCAAGAACAGGAAGGCCCCGCUUCGCUUUGUCUGGGAACUCACACACCGGUGAGUGGCACAUUACAGUGCAUGAGAGUGGUGGAGGUUGGGGUGGCGGUGGCGGGGGCUCGGCUGGGAAAGCGGAGACUUGGCACGAGGCCAAAUCGAACAACAGUUAUGGCAAUGGGAAGAGCUACGGCUACGACUACGACAAGAACGAUUACAGCAAUUCUUACGGCAACAACAGCUACAGCGAUCAGAACCAGUGGCAGUCGUCGGGCCAGUCUGACAAUUGGCAGUCCACAACUUCCACGUCGUCGCCUGGGUGGCGGUUUCAGCGUGGCGCUGAUACUUCGGCUGCUCCGACUCAGAAGGACCACUGGAAGCAGCCGACACCUGCUCCUCAGACCCAGCAGAACGUGAAGGCCCAGUCCUGGCGACUCCAAGGAGGAGGUGGAGGUCAGUGGCGAGGCAAGGAUGAGCAAUGCACCCGUCUGCUGGGAUUCAUCCUGAAGAACAGCUAUGGGGAGGACGCUGUCAAUGUUGAUCGAGAGGGCUGGGCCGCGAUGGAAGACUGCGUGGCAGUUAUGCAGAAUAAGAAGCCUGACCUGGGCAUCAACAGUGUCGACGACUUGAAGCAGUUGCUCCAGAAUUGCGACCAUGAGGGUCGCUUUGCAAUCGAUGAGUACAACCGCGUCCGGAAAGUUGAUCGCGCCGACCGACAGGCGGCUGCGCAUCCUGCGUACCCGCCUUCGAAGCCAGCACCAACGACGACGUGGACAACGCAAAAGCAGCAUAAAACCAGUGGGCCCUUCAAUGCCUUCACCGGCAGCAAGCAAGAACCAGAGGAGCAAAAGGCCUGGGUGAAGGAGGAGCCGGAGCAGGUCGAUUACGGUGGCGAUGAUGAUGAGGAGGCUGGAAAGGAGAAGAAAGGUCCACCAAGGGUUCCGCCGGGCAAAGGCUGGGAAAUGUACGACGACGAUGGGGUCAGCUGGUGGUAUUACGAAGGCCCAAGAGGGAAGUGGUGGAUGCAAGACGGUCAGACGACGCCGCAGCCCUGGGACGAGGGAACCGAAGAGUCUUGA